UAACAAUUAAAUUGGUGCAAUAGGUGUAUCAGAUUUAAGUUCUGCUCUAGCAAAUUGCACUAACCUCUUAAAUUUGACACUUGGUCUUGGUGCAAAUUAAAUUGGUGAUUAAGGUACAUCAGGUUUAGGUUUUGCUCUAGCAAAUUGCACAAAUCUCUCAAAUUUAUCAUUUGAUCUUUAUAAAAAUUAAAUUGGUGCAAUUGGUGCAUCAUAAUUAGGUUCUGCUCUAGCUAAUUGCACUAAUCUCUCAAGUUUGGUACUUAAUCUAUGGUAAAAUUAAAUUGGUGAAACAGGUGCAUCAGGCUUAGGUUUUGCUCUAGCAAAUUGCACUAAUCUCUCAAAUUUGACUCUUUAUCUUGGUAACAAUUAAAUUGGUUCAACAGGUGCAUUAGGCUUAGGUUCUGCUCUAUCAAAUUGCACUAAUCUGUCAAUUUUGACACUUGAUCUUGGUAACAAUUAAAUUGAUGCAACAGGGGCAUCAGGCUUUGGUUCUGCUUUAGCAAAUUGCAUUAAUCUCUCAAAUUUGACACUUGAUCUUGGUUACAAUUAAAUUGGCGCAACUGGUGCAUCUGGCUUAUGUUCUGCUUUAGCAAAUUGCACUAAUCUAUUAAAUUUGGCACUCAAUCUCAGUAAUAAUUAAAUUGGUACAGCAGGUGCAUCAGGCUUCUGUUCUGCUCUAGCAAAUUGCAUUAAUCUCUCAAAUUUGACACUUGAUAUUGGUAACAAUUAAAUUGGUGAAGCAGGUGCAUCAGGCUUAGGUUAAUCUCUAGCAAAUUGCACUAAUUUCUCAAAUUUGAUACUUAAUCUUUAGUAAGAAUAGUUUAUUUGUUUUGGAUUCUGA